GCAGCUACACGGUAGCUGUUGUCAUAUGGAGGGACACCGCAGCUGCAGCUGUAGCUGUCAUUCUCUGAAAUCCCGAGCUGCUGGAAAGAUGACUGACUUCAUUUUAAUUAUUUAGCCCCGCGAAACCUUGCGAACGGCAAGAAGCCAGUUUGACCGCCCUCAGCUGUCACCCGCCGCCUCUCGCUGACAGCGCACCAUUAUCAGCGGCCGUCGUGGUAACUGAUUGACAGGUAUGUCUUCGUCCGCCGCACGAGACACCGUUGGUAAAAAGAAGCACGUUCGUUUCGCCAGCAUGGAGGACGACGACGACAACGAGGACCAGGAAGAAGACACCCUGUUUGACAAAAGGAAGGACACCGAGAGGGGGUUGAAGAGUGCGCUGAAGGCGGUCAAGAGGACGACGAAAGCGGGAUGCGACGACCGGGUGGAGGUGGUCGGCGGAGGAAGGGGCGGACAUGGGACGUGCGGCCGGUGGAUGGUCACUCUCGCGCUCUGUGCAUCUUUCCUGGGCUUGGGGAUGAGUAUCUCAGUUCUCGGCCCCACGUUCGAGGACCUGGCUGUGAAUGUGAAGAAGAACAUCAGCAACAUUUCUUACAUCUUUGUCGGCCGCUCGGCUGGCUACAUCGGCGGUUCCCUCUUCGGAGGCAUGCUCUUCGACUACAUGAACCCCCAUCUCCUGCUAGGGUUUGCUAUGCUGGUCACAUCGUUUGGAAUGUGUGCUAUCCCUUUCUGUAAGCAGGCUCUGCUCCUCACCGCGCUCAUGUCCAGCAUUGGGAUGUCAAUGGGUGUUCUGGAUACAGGUGGUAAUGUCCUCAUACUGAACACAUGGGGCGAGCAGGCGGGCCCCCACAUGCAGGCUCUGCACUUCAGCUUUGCAGCGGGGGCCUUCGCAUCUCCGAUCAUCGCCAAGCUGCUGUUUGGACACGAUGGGAACAGCAGCACAGCGAUCGUACCCACCAGCUCUACACCUCCUGUCACCACAGAGCAAAUCACCAAAGCCCCCGACAUUCACACCAUCAUCAGCUAUGUCCACAGCUGGAGCAGCACCCUCAAAUCCAUGUGGGCCUACAUCGUGAUUGGCUGUUUCGUCUUUUUCAUCUCAUUCCUCUUCUUCGCCCUCUACUUUCGCAGCAGCGUUUCACAUGACAAAGCCCGUGCAGCGUCAGGAAAGCCCCUGGUGGCAAAGCAUCACAUGGCUCUUGUUGUCCUGCUCUGCUUCUUCUUCUUUUCCUACGUAGGUACUGAGGUGGCAUACGGCUCCUUCAUCUUCACCUUUGCCAAGGACUACGCCCACAUGCCUCAGUCCCAUGCAGCUGGGCUCAACUCGUUGUUCUGGGGGACGUUCGCUGCCUGCAGGGGAUUGGCCAUCUUCUUUGCGGCUUGCAUGUACCCGGCCACCAUGAUCCUGCUCAGCCUGGUGGCCUCCACUGUGUCCUCUCUUCUCCUCUGCCUCUUCAGCAGGGAGAAAGUGGCUCUGUGGGUUUGCACUGGUCUAUAUGGGGCAUCCAUGGCCACAACCUUCCCCAGUGGAAUCUCCUGGGUGGAGCAGUACACCACAGUGACAGGCCACACAGCAGCGGCUUUUGUGGUGGGUGCAGCGCUGGGUGAGAUGGUGCUGCCCGCUCUUGUAGGCUUCCUGCUGGGGAAGUUCCAUGACCAGCCCCUGCUUAUGUACCUGUCGCUCACCACGUCCACCUUCACCUCCAUCCUCUUCCCGGUGAUGUACAAGCUGGCCUCGGCCCCCAGCGGCCAGAGCAGGAAACCCCGCGCCAGGGGCCGUCCUGACGCAGAUGACAGCGAAUACCGUCAGGCGCUGUUGGACUCAGGAGCCAAUGACGAGGAGGAGGAGGAGGAGCAGGACAAUGAGGCUGAUCAGUGGAACGACGCAGACUUUGAGGUCAUCGAAAUGGAUGACACAGCAAGUCUCAUCAGUUCACCCAGCAAGGCUUCCUCUCCUCCUGACGUCACUGGUCUAACUGGAAGCUCCGUGGCCUCCAACACCCAGGUGACAGAGCCGGCAGGUGGAGCCUCUUUCUCAGACACCAUCUCCCUGGUAGGAGACUCCCCCAGACGCAAACUACUGCUCUCUCUGGACAGAGAGAAGACAGACUGAAAGCUCCUCCUGUGUUUCCUAAGUGCUGUCGAUCUGCUACUAAACACUAGAAGAGCCCCGCCUCUACAUGUCUGUAUUAAUUUGUUGUCCAGAAUCUGAAACACUUCUGAUCUAACUUCUUAUGAUGUACUGUGCAGUGAAUGCAACCCUGACUUCUGACCAGAACCUGUGUAGAUCAUAGACCACCCGUACAGUCUGCCAACGCACAGACUCAUCAGCAUCUUCUAAAGCUUUUGGACCUUCCUGAACGAUGAAGGGAGGAUCAGACUGAACUGCUACAGUCUAGUUUGUUAGAAAUGUCAUUGAUUCUCUACCUGGAGUCUGUGUUGGCCUUCUCCCCUCCACAGAGAGGUUGAAGGUUGAAGAAAACGUCCCAGGGCUGGUAGAAGUGCCUUGCUUGAGGACACAAGCAGAGUGGAUGAGUUGAACCAGGGUUGCCCCCCCCUUUUCAUCACAACACCCUGCAGCCAACAAACUAAUGUUGUAAAUAUGUCAUUUAAUUUUGCACUAUUGCAGUGACUUCAUCAAUAGCAGGAAAUGUGUGAUGACGGUGGUAACAUUUGGAUGAAGUUCUUUUUUGUUGCACUUUGAGCGAUGAGAGUUUUGAUUUUGUGUUUGUCAUGUACUGUAACGUGUCAUGUGACUUGUGGCUCUCUAUAUCAUGCAUUGUCACUGAUUAAUUUGAAUUUUUGGAAAUUGAAUCAUACACAGAAGGCAUUUAAUACAUUGACUUUUUAUUAUAUCAAUCUCAAAUCUCCACCCACAGCAAUGUCCAUUAAAAACAAACAAAAAAAAAAAAACACCUCCUUCAUCAUUUUUUUUUUUUUUACAUUUAUACAAAUACACAGGUCCUGUGUAUGGCUGUAUGGAGAAAUCUGAUCUUAAUGUUGUGUGAUGACAAGAUUCUUUUUUUUUUUGCUCAGAAGAUUGGAAAUGUACACAAAACCAUAUAUGCACAAGGAAACAAUAGACUCUUCAUGACUUAAAUUAUCAAAAUACAGUAUUGCAACAGUCCCAGAUUAAAAAAACAAAACAAAACAAAACUGUACUGGUUUCCAGUUCCAACACUCUGCAGAGUGUGACGUGUCAAAUCUGCCAAAAAUGGACAUCAAUACAAUCAAGGUUAAAAGGAACAUGAAAAAUGUCAUCCUUUAACAGAAUGCAUAAAAACAGAUUUGAUUGCAUUCAUGGCCGGAGCUUUAGUUGUUUUUUUUUAUGAUAAUGCACAGUGAGAUUAUAGAUGGAGCUAUACAGGAACUAUUUACAAAAACACUGCAGUCGAUAUAAAAAUGAAGAAAAGUCAGUUAGUGGUUUGAAUGUAGUCUGUCUUGAGAUUUGAAAGGAAGCUCCUUAAAAACCAAUGACUUCAAACUGCUACAGCGCAUACAAGUUACAACAAGUCAUUCUGAUUGGACUGCACUCAGUCCCAUGACAGGCAGUCUGUCGCUGUGUCACAAAGACAUCAGCUUCACUCAGCCCAUAGCAGCUAAUGGAGAUGGCAGCAAACAAGCAUGGAGACAAACACAAGGCCUGGGGGGGGUCUGCACACGCAGAGAAAUACUUAACAAAUAACAGUUACAAGACAGAAUGAAAACCCAACAGGGUUCAAUCAAAGCACCAUUUAAACUAUUACAACUGAAUGGACAGUGAAACACUGGGGGUGGGGGCGGGGCAGCAAUUAGCACCAAAUCAGCAUGGCGCUCCUGGGUUCAGGAGCCAAUCAGAACUGCUCCAGCAGCUGUCGGAGGUAGGGGGCCUUGGAGAGCUGUCUGUUGACCCGGGACAGCUUGUACAGGACGGGACAGUCCAGGGACACACAGGGCACCUGCCGCUCUGCACAGCCGCUACAGUUCCUACAGAUCUGAACACAAACACGCACAGAAGUUUACUACUGAGGCUCCAUUUGACAUUUAGAAUGACCACGUUGUGGUUGUUUGCCUCCUCCCAACAGUCAAGUUUCUGUUUACAUCCACGUCUGUCCAGACUCAUUUAACACCUAGUGAAGACUUAAAAGGGAAUUUCAGAGGAAGCUUCUUCCUCUCUGAAGUCUCCACUUUCCUCAAAUCUCCACAUUACAGUUAAGAGAGAAGUGGCAAGCAGGCAGAGCUAUCAGACGCAGUAUUCUGUCUCAAAAUGUCUUGUUUUUUUUGUUUUUUUGUAAAUGAUGAAAUAUUACAAAUAGGGCUGGGCAAUAAUUCAAUAUCACUGAUUCCUAUUGCAACAAUAUGAUCUUGUGUUACUGUC